CGUACGCUGGCCCCGGCCUCCGUGCAGUAGUGUCAUGAGGGUCUUCCUCAGUAUUGGCACUCAUGUCACCAGUCCAGUUAAACUGUGAGCGCAUAUUUUAUUUUUACAGAUAAAAGCUGUGUCUUUAUUUAUCUAUUUUUCCCUAACUGCUUGUUCGGGCCGCAGACGUUUAACUGUCACCCUAGCUCGCUGCUAGCGUUAGCAUGUCCGGCGGAGGUGUGAUUAGAGGACCUGCGGGGAGCAACGACUGUCGGAUAUACGUAGGGAAUCUCCCUCCAGAUAUCCGCACCAAAGACGUGGAGGACGUGUUUUAUAAAUACGGAAUCAUUCGCGAUAUUGACCUGAAAAACCGGAGAGGAGGCCCGCCGUUUGCCUUCGUAGAAUUUGAGGACCCGAGGGAUGCAGAGGAUGCUGUUUAUGGACGUGAUGGUUAUGACUAUGAUGGCUACCGUCUGCGUGUUGAAUUCCCUCGAAGUGGACGUGGAGGUGGAAGGGGAGGUGGUGGUGGAGCUUUAGGAACCCCAAGGGGACGGUAUGGUCCCCCGUCACGGCGCUCCGAGUACAGGGUUAUAGUCUCAGGCCUUCCCCCAAGCGGGAGCUGGCAGGACCUGAAGGAUCACAUGCGGGAGGCAGGUGAUGUAUGUUAUGCUGACGUGUACCGUGAUGGCACCGGCGUGGUGGAGUUUGUACGCAAAGAAGACAUGACCUACGCCAUCCGUAAAUUGGAUAACACCAAGUUUCGCUCCCAUGAGGGUGAGACGGCCUACAUUCGCGUAAAGAUGGACGGCCCUCGCAGCCCCAGCUACGGUCGCUCACCCUCUCGUAGCGUAGUCGAAGCCGGAGCAACAGCGGGUCACGCAGCUACUCCCCACACUGCAGCAGAGGAUCUCCUCACUACUCUCCCCGCCGCUCCCGCUCUCGCUCUCGCACCUAGACGCACCUCCUAUGACAUAAACCACCAGCUCAUCCCAGCCGCUCGUCUCAGAGUGGAGAUGACAGACUUCACAGAACAGAUCUCCAUGGACCAUUUGCUGGAGUUCAGAGGAGCAGGAUAGGAUGGGAACAGAGGAGACUGUUCAUAUUAGGAUAAGCAGGAGGAGGAGGAGUCAGAUAUGGCACCAAUGGUUUGGACUGGGCUCAUUGUCUCCCCAUUCCGGAGCCGGAUUAGGAUUAGGCUUCAGGAUGGAUACAUGGAGCAGGAGCAUGGGAGCAAUUUACCGGGAGAGGAUCCCGACCCCUGACCCUGUCCACAUAACCCCAUCAAAGUGGAAACAUUUUAUAGAAAUAUUCAAACUUUAAAUUGGCCUUCAAACAGCAGAAAGAAAAUUUCUUUCCACAUGGGAAGGCUUCCUGAUGAGAAUUAUUUUUCUUUUUUUAAAUUAACAUGAUCAAAGCUUGGUGUAAUCCAGGAGGAGGGCUGGGAGGUGCAGGAUGGAUCCACGCACAUAAGGAGAGUGGUAAAGCUAAACAUUAACACACUGACAGAGGGUGGGGAGACUCGGAGGUUACAGGAGGAUGUGACUUUAUGUAUGUCAUUUUUCUCUUAGGUCAGCGCUUUUCUGCAGAAGAUGCGUAUUCAAUAGGAUAAAUAUAAUCUCCAGUACCUUGAAAAGCUUCAAUAAAAAAUCAGUUUACAGUU